UCCUAUUGGGCAUAAUGCUAUUUCUUUAUUUAUUUUGUUGGUUGAAUAACAUUUGGCCAUAUUUUAGCCUUUAUACACUCCAUGGAUGAUCAGCAACUCUUCCAACCUCUGCUUCCCACCGCCACAAUCUCCUGCUGUUCCUCGGCGACACUAUAUAACAACGACGAAGAGGACCACAUCAAGGUUUUAUCAUCAAAUUCCAGCGUUAUACUCCGGCUUUUCACCAUUUUUUCCGUUGGAGUCGUAUCCAUAUGGGCAAAUUAUGAAGCUUCAAAAGGUUUUGAUAUAACAAUAAUCAAUGAUGCCAAAGAUUCUCCAGCAGGAAAACGCUUUGCCCUCUUCUAUAUGUCUAAUGACAAAGCUAUCCGUAUUAUCCAAAACACUAGCUCCUUUGUCGAAACCUUUCUUUAUCCAAAUAUCAAUAACUACAAUAAGAAGUACGUCAGCCAUGUCACUCUACGGCUGGCUAGCACCAACCUAACCGACUUGGUUGUGGUAGAAACGAAUGCAGAUCAUGAAUUUGCGAUACAUCUAAGUCCAUCAGUAAUGGGUAAUCAUAAAAACCUCGAUUAUGCAGUUACAUCAAGUAUUUUACAAGGGAUGGCUCAGAUAUGGCUAUGGAACGGAGAGUCUAGAGCUCCGCGGUGGAUUCUUGAUGGUCUGGUGGAAUAUAUAAAGAAGACGGCAGGAUUUAGCCCCAUGGCAGUUGGUUGGGAGUUGCCGGAAUAUUGUAAUUUUUGCUCGGGGUAUAAGGACCCCAAGGCUGUAGCAAGCUUUCUGGAUUAUUGUCAGAGACAUCGCGAGGGUUUCAUCCAACGGCUAAAUCAAGCACUUAAAGUUGGCUGGGACAAUGAUAGGACGGUGGAGGAUGCAUCAGGGAUGCAGAUACAGAAUCUUUGUAAUUAUGCGGCCAAGUCUUCUAAGGGUUUUUCAGUUUAAUCAAAGUGUAGUAAUUUGUACUUUGAAACUCCAUUUGGAGAGUUGAUCAUCUGGCAUGGAAUCAUCUUUUUUUUUUUUUUUUUUUUUUUUUUUUUUUUUUUUUUUUUUUUUUUUUAUUUUUUUU